CGUCAUCAGUGAGCGAUAACAUAGCCUCAGUGCCACUGACUGGACUCGUUCAGCAUGAUGUUGUUUUGUCUGUUACAGAGGGUGAUAAAUGGGGAACAGGUGGAGAAGCCCGUUCUUCAACUCCUGAGCUCUAAGAAGAUCACAGGAUCUGGUAAUGCAGACAGAUACAGGCUACUGUUGUCGGACGGGAAGCACAGCUACUCACAUGCCAUGUUGGCCACACAAAUGAACAGCAUGGUGGAGUCAGGAGAGAUGGACAGUCUGGCUGUGCUGCGGAUAGACAAGUACAUGGCUAAUGUCAUCCAGCCUGACCGACGUGUGAUGAUUCUGUUAGGGAUAACUGUGUUGGCACGGGGCCAAGAGGUCGGUCAGAGAAUUGGAAACCCACAGCAGUACAGGCCUGGUGAACAGAGCUCAAAUCCGGCCCCAGUCCAGCAGCAAGCACCUGUGCAGAAUGGACACGCCACCAACAAAUUCACAGGUGGAAUGAACAACAACAACAACAACACAAGCAAACAUGGUCCUCCAGCUCCUUAUGGUAAGAAGGUCAUGGACACACCUGGUACCCCUGGGGGUGGGGGACGGAUUCAUUCCAUCAUUAGCCUCACACCUUACCAGAACAGAUGGAGAAUUCGGGCACGCGUCACCAACAAGUCCUCUAUCCGCACAUGGAGCAACUCUCGGGGUGAAGGGAAGCUGUUCAGUGUCAACCUCCUGGAUGAGAGUGGAGAGAUUCGAGCCACGGGAUUUAACGAUGCUGUGGACAAAUUCUACGACUUUCUGGAGGUCAACAAGGUAUAUUACAUCAGCAAAGGCACACUGAAGACGGCCAACAAACAGUACACCUCUAUCAACAACGACUACGAGAUGACCUUCAACUCUGACACGAUGAUUGAGCUGUGUGACGAGUCUGUUGACCUCCCAACUAUGACCUUUGACUUUGUGGAAAUCAAUAAAUUAGAUAGCCACCAACCUGGGGCUCUUAUAGAUGUCAUCGGGGUCGUGAGGUCUGCAGGAGAUGUUGGCACCGUGGUGGGUCGCCAGAGUAACAGAGAGAUCUCCAAACGAGAGCUGCAGCUCGUGGACCAAUCGGGGAUGGGGGUGAAUUUGACACUCUGGGGGAAUGAGGCUGAGUCGUUUGAGAUGAAGGGCUCACAGGUGAUGGCUGUUAAAGGCUGCAGACUCUCUGACUACGGAGGUCGCUCACUGUCUUGUUUGGCCAGCAGUCAGAUGAUUGUGAACCCAGACAUCCGAGAGGCUCAAAUGUUGAGGGGGUGGUAUGACAAGGUAGGCCAGAACAUGGACUUCACAGGAUACAGGAACGAGGGAGGAAUGGGGGCUGGGGCAGGUUCUAGCACAAACUGGAAAUACUUCUCACAAGUUAAGACUGAGAACCUGGGUCAUGGAGACAAAGCUGACUACUUCACAGCCAAGGGGACUGUACUCUUCCUGCGCAAAGAAAACUGCAUGUAUCAGGCGUGUCCCUCAGAGAACUGUAACAAGAAGGUUGUGGAUCAAGGGAACGGUUUGUACCGGUGUGAGAAGUGUCAGAAGGAAUUCCCCAACCACAAAUGGAGGAUGAUUCUAUCAGCUAACUUGUCUGAUUUCUCAGACAACCAGUGGGUGACGUGUUUCCAGGAGUCUGCAGAAAUGCUGUUAGGUGCUGGAGCGGACCAGCUCGGGGAUAUGAGAGAAUCUAAUGAAGUAGCUUUUGACCAGGUUUUCCAGCAAGCCUUGUUCAAGACCUACAUUUUUAAGCUACGAGCCAAGGUGGAAACAUACAACGAUGAAAGUCGCUUGAAGACAGUUUGUGUGAAUGCAGCACCAAUCGACUGGGUCGAGCACGGGAAGCGGCUGGUGGAGGAAAUAAACAAAAUGUCUUCAUUGUGAGGAGGAGGGAAAAACGUUUUCGGAGCAAAUGGAAAAAUUCAUGUGAUGUCCUGUCAGCUUUGUGACUUGUGCUGUUGCCAUUGCCAUAUUUUAUGGACUCCUUAUCAGGGACAGAUCGAAAAUUUCUGCUGACAAGUAUGAAAGGAUUUUGGGGAUAUGAGAAAUUACAGCUCCCAUUUUUGGUAUGCUGGUUAGGGCUGGUUGAGUGAAUACUUUAUUAUAUUAGCUCUUUGGUUUACAGCCUUCUUAGAAGAAACUUUACACUCUAAUCACUUUAGGGUAUGCCAGUCUUAAGGUGUUUGAGAAUUAGUGUAAUUUUCAAACAUUCAGGAGAGAAACUGUAGAGUAGAUUUGUGAAAAAAAAAGGUUAAGCUCGUGAACACUCCUUACCAUAUCACCGCACUAGCGUGAAUGAAUUGGGGAGGGGAGUGGGUCUGUUCAGAUAGGGUGUACAGAGUAAUGAUGCCCGUAGCAGUGUUGGAGUGAGAGUGCCAAUUUUUUAAACAACCAGUUACAAGGUAUCUUGUUAGCAGUUCUGACUUUGCGUUCAAUUUCUGGUAGAAAUCUCCCAAUGUAUGUCGUAUUUUAGCUCUAGUAUUAUAGAUGUAUAUAGCAUCUUCAGAUCAAACAAGUAAGGAGCUCAGAGUACGGGUCGGUUUGUCUUCACUUGAAAUGGAGAUGUUUUUUUCAUUGAUCACUAUCUGUUGACACGAAGGCUUGCGUGUAAAAUGAUGUCUUAAGGAAUGAGGUUAGCUCUCACACUUUCUUUUGUAACACAAAUAUAUGUGU